UAAGAAAAACCAAGAUAUAUAUUUCAGAUAAGAAAAGGGAAGAAAUGCAACCAGUAGACAAGAAAGCGGGAAGGGCAGAAAUGACAUCUCGGAACCUAGACACCCGUAAGUACUUGGAGAGGAAGUUGGAGGACAAAGGGAUACAAAGGAGGGAAAGGCAUCCGGCUGACGGUAUAGGGAUCGGCCGGCCACCUCCGAAGUCGGGUCACGGAGGAAAGUACACGUGGGAAGGACCAAAUGGGGCGGCGAAGAACGAGCUGACGGCGGUGCCACCAGCCAUAGACGACAAGAACCCUAACUACGUGGACGAGGAGGAAGAAGAGAAGGUUGUGAGCGACGCGGGUGAGCUUGUGGUCGGAGAGGUGGACGUUGCAAAGGCUGCUGAGGAUCGAAAAGGGGUUGCUAGAGUUGAGGUGGAUCCUCACCUCGAGGUUUAUUUAAUUUGAUUUG